GCCCCGGGGGCCGCGUCCCGGGCGGCGGCUCUCGGAGCCCGCGGGGCGGGAUGAUCUCCCGGCGGCGGCCCGGCGCUCCACCGACGGCCAGGGAGGAGGCGGCGGUGCCGGGGCCGCGCUCCGUGUGCGGGCUCUAGGCGCGCCCCGGGCUGGCUGCGCAGGGAGCGGCGAGACCGCUUCUGUUCUCCGCGGAGCUUCUCCCGGCCCCGCGUGGCCGGGGGCGCUGCCCGAGCCCCCCCGCCCGGGGCGGUGAAGAGCCACCGUCAGCAUCCUCCGGCGAGCCGAAAGGUGGAGCCCGGCCCGUUCCCGCAGAGCGGCUGCUCCUGCUCCCCGCGGUCCUGGCGCGGUGCCGCCGGCUGCCCCGGGGCUCCGGGCCCGGCCCCGAGCCGCCGCCCGCCGCGGCCAUGCCCUCCCCCACCGACUCCAGCCGCUCGCUGACCGGCCGCAGCUCCCGCAGCCUCACCCACCUCCGCCUCCAGCGCACCUGGCUGCAGGUCCUGCUGGUCCUGGGGCUCGUGCAAGCCGUCCUGGGCGUCCUCAUCGUCACCUUCAGCCUGGUGGCGGCCACCAUCACUCCCUCCACCAAAAUCCGGCAGUCCUGCCCGUCCUGGGCCGGCUUCUCGCUGGCACUGUCCGGGCUGGUCGGCAUCAUCUCCUGGAAGCGGCCGCUCACCCUGGUGGUAGGUGUAGGGGGGACACCUUCCCGCAGGCGGGGGAGCCCAGGAUGGGGAGGCCGAGCAACCCCCCCGUGCCCCCGGGCGCUCAGCCGGCUCCCUGCGCCGCCGGCAGCCCCUCUCCUCCCGCCGCAGAUCGCCUUCUUCACGCUGCUCUCGGUGCUGGGCCUCAUGCUGAGCCUCGCCGGCUCCAUCCUGUCGUGCCAGAACGCGCAGCUGGUGAAGACGCUGGAGGCCUGCGAGAGGGAGAGGGACACGUGUGUGUGCUGCCAGCCCCGCUCGGAGCCCCCGCCCGCCUCCUGCAGCCAGCAGAGCGAGAUGCUGACCAUGUUCCCCACCCCCAACUGCCGGAGCAUCCGUGUGGCACUCAAGGAUCUCCUCUUCAGUGUCUGCGGCUUGACCGUCUUCUCCACCAUCAUCUGCAUGCUCUCUGCUGUCGUGUGCUGCAUCCAGAUCUUCUCCCUCGACAUCGUCCACGUGCUGGUCCCACAGCGCUCGAGCUCUGUGACACUGGAGUGCACGUCCCCACCCGACACCUUCCUGCAGAGCAUGAUGAUGGACUUCGAGGAGUUUGUGCCUCCAGUGCCACCGCCCCCCUACUACCCCCCUGAGUACACCUGCAGCUCCGAGACGGAUGCACAGAGCAUCACCUACAACGGCUCCAUGGACAGCCCCGUGCCCCUCUACCCAACCGAUUUCCCCCCGUCCUAUGAGACUGUGAUGGGGCUGCGGGGAGACAGCCAGGCCACCCUGUUCGACUCGCAGCUGACAGAGGGCUCCCCCGCCUGCACCUGCGACCGCGUCCCCUCCAUCGUGCUCAGCGGGGAAGCUCCUCUCCUCGCAGUCUCCAUGGACAGCGGGUCCCUGAUCAUGUCCGAGAUCAUGGACAUCCCCGGCGACAGCAGCCCCUCGGAGGACUCGUGCCUGCUGGAGCUGCAGGGCUCCAUGCGCUCCGUGGAUUACGUCCUGUUCCGCUCCAUCCAGCGCAGCCGCGCCGAUUACUGCCUGAGCGUGGACUGCGUGCAGUGCAGCCACCACGCCCGCAGCCCCACGCUGGGCUUGCAGGGCCCCUUCGAGGAGCGGCCGCAGCCCCGCGUGCGGGGCGAGCGAUCCUACUCGUGCUCCACGGCGGAGCCCGGCCCCGACGGCAUCCUGGCGGGGGGAGCCGUCACCCACAGCUGCAACCGGCUGGUGGGGCCGGGGCGCUGCGCCGGGCCCUGCUUCCCCGAGGUGCGGCUCAAGGACAGGGGAUCCUCGCUGCGGGGCCGCGGGGCUGGCCGCCCCACGGACACGGACACGGCCGCCGGCCGCCCCCGCCGCAACAGCGAGACCUCGUGCCCUUCGUCCCCGGCCCCGGGGCUGGCCCCGCGCCCGCUCCUGCGGUCUCACAGUGACCCCGGCGUGCCCAUGGCUGGCCGUGCUGCAGAUUUCAGGGAAGUACUUUAUACCAAAGCACUGGAGGACACCGUGUCCGACUCCUCCGCUGAUACAGGGCUGUGCUCCGAGGCCUGCCUGCUCCACCGUUCCCACUGUGACUCCCCUCCGCUGCUCCGGGCUGGCUCCGUGGGGAAGAACAAGCUGCCACCCUGCAAGAAGGUGCCACAGCAGCUGUCAAAGACAACCACCCGCUCCCUGGGGGACCUCAAGGGCUACCGGGGCACCCGUGGGCUGGUGGCCAGGUUCCUGCAGAGACCCAAGCGCAGCCUGGCAGCUGGCACAGAGGUGUCUGGGCACAGCUUCCACGGGCACAAACAGGUUCCCUGGAGUGCCUGGCCGGGCGCAGAGCGGCCCCACGAAGGAAUCCACCUGCAGAGCUGCGGGGACCUGAGCUCCACGUCGUCCCUGCGGCGGCUCCUGUCCGCGCGGCGCCUGGAGCGCGGCCGCCCCCGGAGCCUCAGCGGGGCCUGCAAGGAGAGCGCGCUCUGAGGGCACGGUCCCUGCGGGGACCCUCCACUCUGGGGGGCAGCCCCGCUCUGGAAUCAGCCCUGGACAUUGCUCGGACGUUGCUGCUGCUGCCCUGGUGGGGCUGGGCCCUGCACUGCUGCCCCGGGGGUUCAGCUGGGCCCCCUCCCCAAGUUUGGGGCUGGUCCCCUGGGGUGUCUGCUGGGGGGCCGGGACAGCUGUGCCUGUCCCCUGCCUGUCUGGGGUGGUUAUGCCUGUUCCUUGCCCUAUUCCUUCUUCUGGACAUGCCUGUCCCUUGCCCUGUCCCUUGUGCCAGCUGUGCCUAUUCCCUGGGAUGGCCACGCCUGUCCCCUGCCCUGUCCCGUGUUGUGGCUGUGCCUGACCCAUGCACUGGCCAUACCCUGUCCCCUGUGCCAGCCGUGCCUGUAGCCUGGCAUGGCCGCGCCUGUCCCCUGUGCCAGCUGUUCCUGUAGCCUGGCAUGGCCAUGCUGUCCCCUGCCCUGUCCCUUUGGCUGGCUAUGCUGGCUUGAUCCCCGGUCCCUUGUGCCAGCCAUGCCUGUCCCCUGUCCCCUCCACUGGCCGUGCCUGUCUUCUGCCUUGUCCCUUUGGCUGGCCAUGCUGGCUUGAUCCUCGGUCCCCUGUGCCAGCCGUGCCUGUCCCCUGACCUGUCCCUUGUGCUGGCCUGGUCCCUGGGCUCUGUGCCAGCGCGCCCGUAGCCCGGAACUGCCGUGCCUGUCCCUUGCUCUGUCCCCUGUGCCCCGUUCGGUCCCGGUCCCGGUGCCGGUUCCUCCCCGCCCGGCUGCGCCCGGGCCGCGCUGCGGGGCCGGUCCCGCGGCCGCUGCCCCUCGCUACAGACCGAAUAAAGGUGGUCGCCGCCGC